AUAAUUUGGAAUAUUGGCAAAAUUGUAUUUAACAAAAACAGAAGAGAUCCGCAAUUAGAUAAUGGAGGCCUGUAGUGUGUGCCUAAUUUUGUGAAACAGUUUGUUAUAAAGUUUGAAUACUACGAGGUUAUUUAUUGCUAUUGGGUUGUUAUUUCAAACAUCUUCAUGAUCUUGCUACACACUGCGUUGUAAUUCAAGGAAGAAUGGAGAGUUCCGUGUGUUCAACACAGUCAAGUUUGGCAUCACAACCAAGUCUGGUUGAAGACGUGUUCCCCAAAACCCCCCCGGCAACGGGCGAGCUCAGCGAAGAGAAGAAGGAGCCAGCAUCGUCGCUUCGUCCUAAGACUCCAAGCUCACCGGACCCCAACUGCGCGAUAUGCCUGGGGAAACUGCAGAACACUUCGUUCACAGACAGCUGCCUGCAUCAGUUCUGUUUCACGUGCUUGCUCGAGUGGUCUAAGGUUAAACCAGAGUGUCCUUUGUGCAAGCAAACUUUCAAAUCCAUCAUCCACAAUGUACGAUCCAUCGAGGACUAUGAUCAGUACCACUUGCAUCCAGCUGAGACAAAUCAUCGCAUGUGGUCUGCUCUUGAUGUGGAACUGCGCAGAAGGCAUUCCAUGUUGGCUGUGGGAAUGUGGCACACACCAACGCUUCUUCACGAGCGAACAUUCCGAGGGUUCUUGCCUGGAGAUGAUGCGGUUAUCCCCUCCAUGAGCAGAGUGCCUUUGUUCAGACUGAGGGAAGUUGUGACUGCUGAGUUCCGACGCAGCAUCUACGAGCGCAACAUGUGGGCGGAGCCUCUGUCCGAUGUGACUGGUCGUUUCCGAGAGUGCACUGCAGAAUUUUUCAGGCAAAACGAAGCUUCAGUUCAUCGACUUUUGCCAUGGGUGAAUCGAGAAUUGGAUGCAGUUCUCUGGAAUGGUGUAAAUAAAACACACGUGAUGGAACUAAUUCUCAACAUGUUGCGGCGAUACAACAUCCGCAGUUCUGAAUUUCGUGUUCAGUUGACACCGUACAUCAGAGGGUACACCACCCACUUCCUGCAUGAGUUCUACAACUUUGCUCGUUCUCCUUACGACAUGAUUGGUUUUGAUCGAUCUGUUACUUACGGUCGCGCCGGGCAGACAGCACUCGAAAUACUCACGAGCUCUGAUGAGAGCGAUGGUGAUGUCAUGGUUCUUUCAUCACCGGGGAGGUCUGCAGCAGUCUCGCCAGAGUUGUUGUCGGUGCGCGUAAACAGGACCCCGGCCGUGGUGGCAGGAUCGUCUCGACAAGCAAAUGCCACAUUCGAGCAGGCGAUGGAGCAGCUGGCACGACGCAUGGUCGAGCAUGAGGCCGCUUUGAACAGUGACAGCACAGUAGAUCUGGAAGUGAACGAUGCGGAUAGUGACUGCAUGAUUGUUGGGUACGUGAAACCAAGACACGAGAGAACACCUGAAAUAAUAACGCUGGCUUCGGAUGAAGAACUUGGUGUAAACCAACCCACUGUUGAAGAAAUCCCAAGGCUUUUAUCCCAUUCUUUUAAUUCCACGACCGGCUCGGAAUCAUCAAGUGUUUCGCAGGCUUCCGAUUCUGAUUACUGUCCGCCAAAAAGUCGCUCAAAAUGUAGGAAAAAGAAAAUUACAAGGAAAUGCCAAAAAGAAUCCAAAACUGCAGAGAAGGAAAAACCGAGCAAAAGUUAUAGACAUGCAGUUCACAAAAGUCGCAAAUCUACAUCAUCAGUGAGUAAGACAAAGAAAUUAAAAAAAUUAAAGGAGUUAUUUUCUAGUUCUUCAUCUUCACAAUCCUCUUCAUCAUCAGAUGAAGAGUUACAUGUGAAAAAAAGGACUCGGGGUGAUGAUAAGGCUUCACAUUACAAGGGCACGUGGCAUGUAAAAUUGCGGGGAGCCACACACGAUGAGGAAGCCGAGACUCACAGAGAUCACAAUUACAUGAUCAGUCACAAUCCACCGUAUUCUAAGGAAGAAAUAGAUAAUUUGCAGCAGCAAAGUGUUAGGAAUCCCCCGAAACUGAAGAGCAUUGUAAUAACACGCACCUUUCCUGAUACCUCACCAUCUGUGUCUGGCAGCUCAUCUUACCACCAGAGCCACACAUCAAGUUCCAAACAUAGUCACAGCCAUCGAAGUUCGCGUAAGAGAAGUAAACACGAUAAGAAUAGAAGUGGGAAAAGUGAAAGAAGACAUCUCAGAUUCUCUUCAUCGGACACAUCUGCCUGUAGGUUAAAGUUGAGAAAGUUGUAUUCAUCUGAGAGUGAUGACAGCUCUUAGUUGGAAACUGCCUUUUUUUUGUACAGACUGCAGCUGCUAAUGGUUGUGACUACUGUUGGUUUCAGCUGAGUCAAAGAAAACAAUAAUACUAUUCAUAAAUUGUGCUUCAGAAAGAGACACUUGGUGAAUGGGUUGUACAGUAAGCGUAAGUACGUCAUCUUGAAAUUGGUUUCUUUAAUGCAUAAAAAUCUAUGAUUAAACUGCACAAUGAUCAGCUCCAAGAAAAAGUUAUAGAAUGAUUUUAUAGAGAUGCCGGAAUCUGUGUACAUUAUUGUAAAUAAAGAAGGAGAAAACUGAAAAUAUUGUGUUCGUGCCAUUGCAUUGAUUUGCUUGGCACAAUUUGUCUCGUAACUUAAGGCACAAAUACUAAGACUAGGUAUAGUUAAACCAAUUUUAGUCGCGCAUGUAAACAUUUUAGCAUUAUAAUGGUACAUACAUUCUUCUGUGCCUGUUUUUGUAAAUAUCAUGCUGGUUUUUUGCGUGCUUAUAUUUUGCUGCAGUGUUGUGAGUUAUGUUUAUUUUAAAAUUAAGAUGUGGGGAAUUGAUAUAAGUUAGGUAGUAUUUAUUUAUUGUUGAUUUCCAUUAAAAAAUUGUUUUUGUAUAAGCUGCUGAACUUAAUAAUUGUAAACUUGUAUCUUGCCACUGGAAGACAGUGAAUUAACAGCCAUGGGAACAGCUUAGGUGGGGGGGGGGGGGGGGGGGGGGUGGAGAAUUUCAGCAGGUGUGACAGAGGGUCAAGAGAACACUUUGGAAAGCCGAGAAGGGGAGUCAGUCAGUUCACUGCAGCUGCUAGCCAAUACACCCCCUCCCCUCCUAUCAUCCUCCCAGGGGGCAACCAUUCAUCACAGCACAUUCUUUCCUUUCUGACAAUUGGCUUUUGAACUACAGCUAUAAACCUCUUUUUUUCUUCUAAUUCCUGCUUCCUGUUUAAAAAAAAUGCCCUGUAAAUCACUCUACUGACAAAAGUGGUACCAGAAAAGCUGUAGUAGAUAUGGUAUGCAUUUACUAAUUGAAAUUUUAUUUUAGUGUGUUAGAAUUCUGAUUUUUACCCCAUAAAGUAUUUUUCUUAAACUUAUCAAAAGGUUUGGGGUGCAUUAUGUUCAGGUAGAUAUGGUAUAUAGAUUGCAUAAAUGCUUCAUCUCCCAAGAGCAUAUGCAACAUGAGCAACAGUGAAAAUCAGUUAUUUUAGAGCUGCAUAUUUUUGCUGUAUUGUUCCAGUGAUUCAUAUAGUCAAACAUCAUAAUUUAUAAUCACUAUUUUUUUUUACAUUGUGCCCUGUCAUAUAUAAAUUAUUUGAAACAGUGUUGAUUAUAUCUGCAGCGAAAGUAUUUGUAUAUAUAAAAAUAAAUAUAGAUUGGGCCAAUGAGUCUUUUCAUAAGUUCACGUAUCUUUUAUAUUAAAAACUAACCAAAUAUUUUUAAGACAGCAGUUUUGAAAGCCCUUAAAUAUGGUAUUUUUUGCAAGAGUGCAUGUGAGUGAGAAUGCAUGUUAAUGAGAGUGUGAGGGAGAAGGAAUGAGUGUGCGAGAGAGUAAGUGAGGAAGUGUAUCAGUGAGAGAGUGUUGAGUGAGGCUGAGUGCAUGGGACUUGGAAACGUCCAGUAUGAUUUUGAGGAGAGGGUGUUAUUUACCUUUUUUUACCUGUUGGCUGUUAAAACAUAUGUGCAUGAUCUUCAUCUACAUUUCACACAGUUGCACUACUUACCUUGGAUGAAAGGAAAUAUCCUUUGAUGAAAAUGGACUUACGCAUAAUCUGACUACCCUUAAAAACAUUGUAAUACCUAUAUUAUAUGUCUUUAAAUUUUAUCAACUGAAAUGUUAACCAUUGGAGACUAUGUAUCUUUUUUUUUUAAAAAAACAGUGAUGAAUUUAAUUUACCGGCUAAUCUGGCUGCGAAACUGUGUUCGUUUCACGCAAGACUAAAAAUAGUGGACAAUAUACCUAGUCUUUAUAGUGCCCUAUUGUAACUAGCAGCAACACCGUUUCAGUUAGUUUUCUUUACUUUUGUGAUGAGCUCUCAUUCUGCUGCCACAAAUGCAUGCAUUCCAGUUUCAUAGAGUAUCGUGCCUUUGGCUCAUAGGUCACGACAUAAUGGGCUUCAGAAGAUGUGUAAUAGCUAGAGGCAAGAUUUUAUGGUGUUAUUAUAAGGCAAAUUUCAUUUUUAAAAAAACAGAUUUCGGUGUUAUCGGUUUUAUUAUGGAAGACUUUUAUAAGCGAUCCGAUAACUUAUCUAAUGUAUUUAAAAAAAAGUAUUUAUGCAAAAGAGAGAUUAAUUAUUUUUAAUGCAUAAAAACACAUUGCAAAAUAUUAAUAAAAUAAUGAAUGACAUGUGUUACAUUUACAAAAUGGUGAAAUUUGAAUCUUAAACUAAUGAACUCCAAACUUUGAAAAUAACUUAAUAAACUGUAACAUGGUACAGUUAAUUGGGAAAGGUAUGUUAAAUUACAUUCAUUGUAUUUGUACUUCUUUCGUAGCCAAUCUGCAGUUGGUAGGUCACCACCAACCUUUACACACUCUUGAAACCAUGCUCUAAGUGCAGGAUUUCCCAAUUUCUCCACCGGGAUAUUUGCUGAAACAAAGGCUUCAGUUGUUUUUAUGAUAAAGUCUUCUUUAUCAUUUUUGGCCUUUUUCAUUGUAACUCCCGACUUGGCAAUAGAAACUUGCCUUUUUGUGGGUAUCCCACUCUUUUUACACCUUUUAUGUUUUUCACUCGACACAUGUUUCACCAAAGUAUAGUGUCUUUCAUGUUCGAGCCGGCAGUUGCAAAAUUUACACAUCAAAUUACUUUCACACAUGUAAAAACCUUCACCAACAAACUCCUUAACCCUCUCGUUUGCCGAGACUUUAUUCUUCGGUAUUAUGAAAUAUUUGUGUUUCAGAAUAAUUUACAUUGAUUUGCCAAAGCAAAAUUCAACAAGCCUAAGUUUCAAACCGCUUGAAAUCAUACAAUAUAAACUGAAAAUAGUACCGUUUGCUGGUUUCGUGAAAUAAACAACAAACAAAACUUCAGUUUUGGAUAGUCUUAGAUAUUCACGUAACUAAAAAAAAUAAUUUCAACACAAAUAAAACAUGCUACACUAGCGUUUCUUGCGGUCUAAUGCGUCAAAUUGGUAUCGCAACGUCCAAAUAUACGAAAAUUGUUUCGUGUGUUCACUUCACCAUCACGCGUCAACCAUGUAGUCUUUGGUGGAACUUCUGAACUUGUGGCAGCAUAGAACAUACAUCUAGUAAAUUAAGGUUAUGUUGCGGACUUCGGCAUAUUUCGCAUUAUUUCACGGACUUCGACAUAUUUCGUUUUAUUUCGUGUGUAUAACCAAAUUUCGGUGUUAUUUCGUUUUAUCGCGAUUCACCAUAAAAUCAUGCCUCUAGUGAUAGCCGAUAAGUACUUACCUUGGUAUACUAUUUGUGUUCAUCCAUACUUUCCAUUACUUGUUAAUUUGCUGUAUGUUGGCUAACAUUUGUUACUGUUGCAUUGACAGUCACAUUUCCAAACAUGUAAUGCAUUCAUUGGUAAAUUACUUCAUUACUAAUUUAUAAGCCAUUCAAUAUAAAUCAAAUGCUUUAUAAGUGAAAUUUUUAUUUCAGUGAAUUCACUGCUACCUAAUGAUUAAUCAGCUAAUUUUUUUUUUUUUUAAUGCUCUAUCCACACUAAAAGUGGCAAUCAUUCAGCAUGUGCAAAUUUGCACUUGGAUGCAUUUUAGAACUGAGUACAAAUAACUAGUUUCUGAUAUUUGGCUUUGCAUAUAAAUGCAGACUUACAUUUUAUUUAUUUAUUUAGUGGCUACUAACCCGUUCACUGCUAUUGACGAGGGUAGGAGCUCACUAUGUUGUUGCUAAGCUCUGUUUGUAGGUGUUGCACCCUCUGUGCUGAACUAAUUUUUUAUGAAAUCAUGGCAAAGUUAACAUUUUAUAUAUAAUCUUUAUUUUUGGAAUUUUAUUAUUUUCAAUUGCAGUUUUUUUUUUAAUUUUUAAAUUUUUUUUUUUUUAAUAAUUUUUUGUGUUCUUAUGUUAUCUUUUAUAUAGAGGCAUAUGUACAUUAAAUAAACCACAAAUCUUCAAAAGUUUGCUUUUGUGUGGUAUAUCUCAAAGCAAGGCAGAAUACAUAGUGAAGCACCACAGGUCUUGCAGCAGUAGCGAGUUUCCUUACGUUUCUUGUUCUUUGUGCAUACUAUACAUUUUCUUGUUGGAUUUUUCUUAGACGUCAUCUCUAAUACUGAUGGGAAAUGUCUUCCGACUAGUCUGGUUGGAUGUUCUUUAUUUGAUCGCCUGCUACUUUGAACAGUUUUGCUCCACUUUGAAUGUUUUUCGAGAAUUUCUCUUAUGAGAGCAAGCUGAAAUUGGGCUAUUGUUACAUUUUUCCCUGUCACCGUUUUGUACAAAAUAUAAGAAUUCAGUACUGCAAUGUCUAGGAGGUGAAAGAAAACCUUCUUGUACCAUUUUACAGAUUUUCGUACACUCUCGAUACAGGUGAUGAUCACGUCAGAACUAUCAACUGCUCCCAUGUUUUCGUUGUAGUCCACGAUGCACUUUGGUUUCAUUACUUUUUCUCCAUUUUUGCGCGAAAUCUCCAUCAUAUCGGCACUAUGGCAUGUUGUCAACAUGUGAACCUCUCAUCGAUCACACCACUUUAGCGCUAAUAAUUUUUCAGUCGACCUGAAAGUAGCUUCUCCUUUCUUCAGCUUUUCGUCCAUUUUGGGCAUUUGCUUCCUUGUUUUUCUGACUGUGCCACAUGCAUUUGUACCAUUGCUAUGUAGCCAUUCAAAAAGGGUAGGACUUGAGUACCAAUUAUCGAGAUAAACAGUGUGUCCUUUUUGCAAGUAUGGUUUCAGUAAUGUUGCCACAACAUUGCCAGAUUUUCCUUGGUUCAAUCCUGCCUCUUCAAUGUCAGACACAGCAUCAGUGUAGAUUAUAAAAUCUAGCACAAAACCAGUGUCACAAUCACACAAUACAAAUAUUUUUAUACCAAAACGACUUCUUUUUGAGGGAAUGUAUUGCUUGAAAAAUAAUCUUCCCUUGAAGAGCAGGAGACUCUCGUCAAUACACAAGUUGGCAAAUGGAUUCAUUGCAGAUCUGAAGGUCUCCCUGAGACUGUCAACAAGUGUGCGAAUUUUACCAAUCCUAUCACCAUUCACAGGAACUUUGUUGUCUGAAAAAUGCAAAAUUCUCAAUAAUAAAAGAAAACUGUCUCGGGACAUGAUUUCUGGGAAAGCUGGUGUUUUUAGAAGAGCGUCUCGGGACCAAUACUCGUUAAUGCUGAUUUUUUUUGUUCUUGGUAUAAGCAUGCAGACAGCUAAAAAUGUGUACAUUUCCUCCCAGUUGGUCUUUGCCCAUUUACUGAGGUGGGAAUGCUCAGAUGGAGAGGUGCUUUCAACAAUGAAAUCAAAGUACCUAUUAGUUUCUGUAGCAAUAUAAUAUGCUCCAUAACUGACUUUGAAAAAAAUGGUAAAAAAAAAAAAUCACUAACUUUUUCAGCUUCAGUCAAACAAGUUUGAUUACCAGAAUAUGUGUCUUCAAAAUAAUGAAUAUGAGGCACAUUUACCCUGUGUCCAAGCUAUUUCUUCUGGUCUUAUUUUUUUUGCUGUUGGUUUGUAUUCCUGCAAUUCAUAGCUCGUUUCACUUUCUGACUGAACUAGGGAAUCUUUGCUUCGCUGGUGAUUGUGUUGUCAACGUGGAAGGUCCUGGUUGUGAUUUAUCAGAUUCCCAACCAUCGUCCCUGCUUGAAAUGCUACUCACAUCGUCGCCAUCACUAUCUGCAAGCAUUGCUAGCAGCUCCUCAUUUGUGUAUUUUUUUCGAGCCAUGGGUAAAUACUACAAAGAACUAAAUCAAAAUUUUACAUACCGUUAUACAGAACCACUAAAAAUACGAUCCUCUUCAAAGAACCAAAAACAUGAUCUGGUAAUAAACAACUAUGAAUAACAAGUAGGCCUUCAGUUUACUCGUAAACAAUUCAAAACAGCGCGAGUUUCGUCAUUUCUGCGACCAAACAAGGCAUACACAAUAAGGUGUGAAAUUAUUUCCCGAGCUCGAAAAAACUAGUGAUGUAAGGGCUAUCUAUGUGUGAACAAAUAAAAUAACUGUCCGAGUUGUAAAGUACAAACACGACACAAUCGACUACAGUUCUCUCGAGCAUGCACACGCGAUGCGACACGAACACACACUGUUGGGAAAGAAAACAGUUACCGUAUCUAUACUCUCAAACCUCGAAUGCAGGCCACGAAGAUCGAUAAACACGACAUAAGUUACAGAAACGGCCACUAGAUAGUGUUGGUUUAUAGACGUACUUAUAGGUCUGUAGCAGUGAAAGCGAAAGUAGCAAGGCGAAUAUAGUCGUCCUUCGCACAGGCAGUGCUAUUUAGAUAGGACGGAUAUAUUCGUCCUUAGCACACACAGGACACAAUUUACAUACGAAUAUGGACACAAUUUACGUAUGAAUAUAUUCGUCUGUAGCAGUGAAAGGGUUAAAUAGUAUUCUAUCGUUCUAGCUAGCAUUCAGAACACAUGCUCCAGUUAAAAAAUUGAUCAUUGUGGCAUUCACAUCAAUUGACUGAAUAGAAUCACAACAAAUCUAUAAACAUCUGUUUUAGUUUAAUGUACAGGGCUUCAGUAGGCAUGGGUCUGCAUAAACCAUUCUACUCUUUAUAUUAUUCUUGUUAGGAAAUGAAUUAAAACCCUACAAUGUUGUAACAAAAAUUUUAGUAUUAGAUUAGUAUCUUAAUAAUUUAUAGGUUGGAGCUAACUACUGCCACCAAAAUAUGCGUGAAAAACUGUAUAGUGUAAAACCCUGAACCAUUCAAUAAAGAUCCUACUUCAAUAUUAAACCUAAUUUGAGGCAUAUAUCAAAGCAACAUUUCUAUAAGUGUAAGUUAGUAAUGUAGAAUGAUGCAAAGAAACCAAAAUAACCUAGAUUACAAAUUAAAAAUAAAUUUUAGUCCUCUAAGCUAAUGUCAUUAAAUGAAUCAAUUAUAAUUUUAACUAUUUGACAUAAAUUUUAUUUUGUCAUAACGCAUGCUAAAUUCAUUAAUUGGUUGGUUUUACCUUCUAACCAUGCAUCCUAAAAUAAAUAAAUGGGCUAUAAAACAGAACAUACAUUGUGACUAUAGAUUUUUUUUUCUCAGUGAAAGUAAUUUUCCACUGAUAUUGAGGCUGUGAAUUCUCUUUAAAAUACUUCUUUUUAUCUAAUUUAAAUUUUAAAAUUCAUAAAAAAAAAAAAAAAAUAAUUAAAGGAUUAUAUAGGGAUGGUUUAUACAUUCAAGAAGAAACAGUAUUAUGAGUUAUGGUUUAGACAAUGAUAGAAUAUUGAAAAGAAAACUUAAAUUUUUGAUGUAAGCUUAGUGAAAUAAACUGCAAUGUAGUAUCCGUGAGGUGUUUCUAAAUGAGUUUCACAUGCCUCAGGUACUAGCCAUGUAACCAGUUUCAGCACUGAAUUUGUUUUCAUCAGGUUUUUAAUAAAUCCUACUAAUGCUCAAAGUUCUUUAUUUUAGAUAUGAGUUACAGCAAAUUUUUCUUCCUGUAGCAUACAUAGUACACAUAGCUUGUAAAUGGUUUGAUAACAUAGAUGUUUUGUACCAGAUAUGUGUUUUAUAAUUUAUUUAGCUUAAUUUUCAGUUAUGACAUGUUCCACAAUUGUAGCUGUUUUGGUUUCUUUGAUGUAAGUAUACCUUGGAAUAAAAGCUCUGAUUUUUGGAACAAAUUGUUAAC